UAGAGAGGCAGACUUGGAGAUGGCCUAAUAAGCACAAGGUAACACAGUGAACCGUGGAGAAGUAUUUUUCCGCUGUUGCAAACGUUAGUAGCAAAAUAGCUAAAUGGUAAUGCUCAUCAGAUUCAGAGGCAAAGCAGCUCUAGCUCUAUCCGCUCACAGUUCCAAAUUUCACUGCAAUGGCUCUGGACACCUCCUUUCCUUAUACUGUUUCAGAUCUCAAUUUCUCUACUCAACAACCUCUACCCGUAAUCGUAUCUCAACCCAUUUCUUGAUUAAAUACCUGGUUGAUUCUCUAGGGUUCUCGAAAAAGGAAGCAAUUUCUACGUCUUCCAAGCUAACUCCACAGAAAACCAUAAAAAAUCCCGAUUUACUCCUCAAUUUCUUGAUACAAACCGGUUUUGACGAGACCCAGAUUAAAAAAUUGGUUUUUCGAGAACCCAGAUUGCUAUACCGUGAUGUUUCCAGAACCCUAAUACCCAAACGCCAGUGCCUUGUGGAUCUCGGGUUAUCCGGGUCGGACCUGGUGAGUGUAAUUGCAAAAGAUCCUAAUUUUUUUGAGAGAAGUUUAGAUACUCAUUUAAGACCUACCAUUGGUUGUCUCAGGAGAAUUUUGGGUAGCGAUGAAGAUGUUGUUAAGGCUAUUAAGAGAGCUGUUUGGUUGCUCUCUUUUGGUACCCAUCAUAUUAUGGAGACUAAUGUUUUGUUGUUGAGAAACUAUGGUUUUUCUGAUUUGAUGAUAAAAAAAUUUGUGCUUAGAAAUCCUACUUCUAUUACAAAAAACCCUGAGUGGUUUAAGGAUUUGUUGCAUAGGGUGGAGAAGGAUUUCCGAGUUACGCCUGACUCCACCACUUUUCUAUAUGGAUUUCGUGCGUUAGCCAGUCAAAAGAAGUCUACGCUGGAAAAGAAGAUUGGUAUUUUCAAGAGUUUUGGAUGGUCUUGA